AUUUCACUCUCUCAGGUAGGUUAUGUGUAAGGAAACUUUAUUUGAGCCGCAGCGCCCACAAACACCAUACCCACCAAUCACAGCUCAACAGCAUUGACUCUCUCUCUCUCCCCCUCUCUGUAUUUCUCACUAUCCGCCUCUGCUGAUUCCUGUUUCAUUACAUAGAUGGAUCCCCUCUUCCGCAAAUAGUUGGCAAUUUUUUGUGUGCGUUCGUUUGUUUCACUGUCUCACUGCUUUUUUCCCUUUAGCAUCAAAAGAGUGAAAUUCUUGCCCACUUAUAGUAUUUCAAUCCUCGACAAGCUCUCAGUUUCCUCUGUUUCUCUCUUUUUCUGAGUAUUGUUGUGUAAAUCUUAUUUAUGCGAGCUUCAAGUUUUGAAAUUUACAUCAAUGCUUUGUUUCUUUUUAUGAAAAUCAUUCUGGGUUUUGCUUAUGUUACCUCAAUUGUUGUGGUUUGUGUUGCCUUUGAAUCAAACAUGGUCGUCUAGGGUUUAUCUUCCACGUGAGGGGGUCUAAGAUCUGCUCCUUCUUUCUCGUUUUUGUUAUUGCUCCUCGAAUUUUCCGUAAGUUUUGGAAAGUUUGGCUUUUUCCAGAUUCCUCGAUUGGUGGUAAUAUAAAGUUGGGUGCUCAGAUUCCUUUCAAAAUGCCUCUUGAUUGAUGCCUCUCGUCACUAAAAUCCUGUAUCUCUGCAUUUUCUAGCUGGGUUUUCUCUCUCUUUGAGCAUUCAAAGGGAGAGAAACAGAGAGAAUUCUCAGUUUCCCUUCCGUGCUAUUCGUUUCACUUGGGCAGUGCAUUAUCCAAAACAAUGAGUUGGGGAACUGAAACUCUCUCUCCGGAUUCUUAUCUUCAGAACUCAAAUUGGUUGUUUCAAGAAAACUGUGGUUCCAAAUGGACCGCUGAAGAGAACAAGCAGUUUGAGAAAGCUCUGGCUUUAUAUGAUACCGAUACACCCGAUCGAUGGUUGAAGGUGGCAGCAAUGAUACCUGGCAAGACGGUCGAUGAUGUUAAAAAACAGUAUAAGGAAUUGGAAGACGAUGUUAGUGACAUAGAGGCAGGACUGAUCCCAAUUCCUGGUUACACCAAUACCAACUCUUUCACAUUGGAAUGGGUUGACAAUCAGGGAUAUGAGCAGCUGACGGAGUAUUAUAGUCCCGGAAAGAGAGGUACGGCAACUCGGCCUUCCGACCAGGAAAGGAAGAAAGGAGUCCCAUGGUCUGAAGCAGAGCACAGGCAGUUUCUGCUGGGUCUCCAGAAGUAUGGUAAGGGUGACUGGAGGAAUAUCUCACGCAAUUUUGUAAUGACUAGGACGCCAACUCAGGUAGCUAGCCACGCUCAAAAGUAUUUCAUCAGACAGCUUACAGGAGGGAAGGACAAGAGGCGAUCUAGCAUCCAUGACAUUACAACGGUGAAUCUACAGGAGACAAAGUCUCUUUCACCAGAAAAAAAUAGUCCACCAUCACCAAGCCAUUCUGCCACUACUAUGCAGCCACAAUUGCAACCAAAAAUAUUUAGCAUUGACUGGAACCCACCAAGUGAAGGAGUGGCCACCGUUUUCGACCUAGAAAUUGGCAAUGUGUUGAUGCCACCUACCUGUGGGAUUUCUACUUAUGGACCUAAACUCCAGGACCAAAAUCUUCACAGAGGAACUCAUCCAGGAUAUCAGUUUGGGUCUUUUAAUUAAAUCCCUCAGAUGCACUCUAUGCAACAUCAGUGAAGUCUCCAGAAAAGUGUGAGAGUUCUGAAGGUACAGAGAUGCCCACUUCUAUCCAGUGACACUUUAUAUCAUGGCUUAGGUGAAUAUGUUGAUGCAGAAUCGAGUUAUUUAUUUCAAAGUAAUUAGGCAUUUACUUAGCUCACAUUGUUACUUGAUGUUCAUAUUUCAAACCAUUGUAACAAAAAGGAUGCUUAUCUAUAUGAAGAUUGAUUACUUGAAGAUUCAUGCUUCGAUUA